AUGAAAUUUCUUCUGUAUGGCGGUCGUGGAUGGAUUGGUGGCCAAAUGAUUGAGUUAUUGAAAGCUCAAGGCUUUGAGGUAGUCAGUGGAGAGGCGCGCCUAGAAGAACGCGAGAAAGUCAUGCGAGAGAUUGAAGAGUCGAAGCCGGACCGUAUCAUCAACUGUGCUGGGAAGACUGGCCGCCCCAAUGUUGAUUGGUGUGAAGACCACAAAGAAGAAACGAUUCGUUCGAACGUCAUUGGGACGUUGAAUUUGGUCGACUGCGCCUUUUUGCAUCACAUCCAUGUGACGAAUUUUGCGACGGGGUGUAUUUAUGAGUACGACGCGAAGCAUCCGAUGGGAAGCGGGAUCGGAUAUACCGAAACGGACGCGCCGAACUUCACAGGGUCGUUCUAUUCAUACACAAAAGGACUUGUAGAGAAGAUCUUAGUCAAUUAUAGUAACUUACUCAAUUUGAGACUCAGAAUGCCCAUCUCAGACGAUCUGAACCCAAGAAGCUUCGUCACAAAAAUCACAAAAUAUCAGAAGGUCGUCAAUGUCCCAAAUAGUAUGAGCGUCUUAACUGAUCUCUUACCGAAAGCUGUCGACAUGUCGAUUAAGAAGGUCACUGGACUCCUCAAUUUCGUCAACCCCGGCGCUAUCUCGCAUAACGAAAUUUUGGACCUCUAUAAAAAGUACAUCGACCCAAAGUUCGUCUACACAAAUUUCUCGCUGGAGGAACAGGCAACUAUAUUGAAGGCGGGAAGAUCUAAUAACGAACUCGACACGACUAAACUCAAGACAAUGUACCCAGAUAUACCUAACAUUAAGGAAAGCAUUGAAAACGUCUUUAUUAGAAUGAGCAAAAACGUCAAGAAGGAGGACUAA